UAUCUCAAUCAAAGCAUGAAAUCAAAUUUAUUAAUACUGGCCUGAUUUGCCGUCUGAUAUUUUUUUUGCCAUUAGUAGCUGCUCACUUAUUUCCUUCUUCUCUUUCUCAAUUCUUUAUCCAACAAUUUGACAGAAACUUUCAGUUCAUCAUUAUUUUAACACAUGAAUCUGCUGACUAUUUCACAUUCAAUCAUAACUCCUCAAUUUCAAACCUUCCAUUUUUUUGCAAUUACAACAGUCUUUUUAAUCAAUUUUUGCUCUUUGUAACGCAUGAUCCUGCAUUUUCCCGUGAAAUUUGCAACUGAGUUGAGUUCAUUUAGUCCUUAAUUCUCAAAUUCAGUGCCGAAAUUGAAUACCCUUUACCCUAGAUUGAAGAAAUUUGUUGAACAAAAUGGGUAUUUGUGCUAGCAAAAACAAAGAUUCAAAACUAGAACAAAAUGGGUAUAAACAAGCAGGAUAUGAGCACAAUCAACCCAAACAAUCUUCUCAACAAAAUCAUCAGUAUCCUCAACAACCACCAUCGGAAAGGCCCAUUGCUCAACCACCAUUAAAAGCUCCAACCCCAGCAAAAUCAGUUCAUAAAUCCGAUCCAAACACAAUUCUAGGAAAACCCUUUGAAGAUGUUAAGAUGUACUAUACAUUAGGGAAAGAAUUGGGUAGAGGUCAAUUUGGGGUUACAUAUCUUUGUGUUGAUAAACAAACUGGUAAUCAAUAUGCUUGUAAAUCAAUCUCUAAGAAGAAGCUUGUAACAAGAGCUGAUAAGGAAGAUAUGAAAAGGGAAAUUCAGAUUAUGCAACAUUUGAGUGGUCAACCUAAUAUUGUGGAGUUUAAAGGUGCUUAUGAAGAUAAGACAUCUGUGAAUCUUGUUAUGGAAUUGUGUGCUGGUGGGGAGUUGUUUGAUAGGAUUAUUGCUAAAGGGCAUUAUAGUGAAAAGGCUGCUGCUAUUCUUUUGAGACAGAUUGUUAAUGUUGUUCAUGUUUGUCAUUUUAUGGGUGUUAUGCAUAGAGAUUUGAAGCCCGAGAAUUUCUUGCUUGCUAGCAAGGAUGAAAAUGCUGCUCUUAAAGCUACUGAUUUUGGGCUUUCUGUCUUUAUUGAAGAAGGUAAAGUCUAUCGGGACAUAGUCGGUAGUGCUUACUACGUUGCACCUGAGCUGUUACGUCGUAGGUAUGGGAAGGAGAUUGACAUUUGGAGUGCCGGAGUCAUGUUAUACAUUUUACUUAGUGGUGUUCCACCCUUUUGGGCUGAAACGGAGAAAGGGAUUUUUGAUGCUAUACUUCAAGGACAUAUUGAUUUCGAAAGUAAGCCAUGGCCAUCAAUUUCAAGUGGUGCUAAAGACCUAGUCAAGAAGAUGUUAACACCGGAUCCCAAAAGACGAAUCACUGCCGCUCAAGUUCUUGAUCAUCCAUGGCUCAAAGAAGGUGAAGCAUCAGAUAAGCCAAUUGAUAGUGCUGUUCUUUCCAGGAUGAAGCAAUUCAGAGUCAUGAACAAGCUCAAGCAGCUUGCUCUAAAGGUGAUUGCUGAGAAUCUUCCGGAAGAAGAGAUCCAAGGGUUGAAACAGAUGUUUGCAAACAUGGACACGGAUGGAAGUGGAUCAAUCACCUAUGAUGAGUUGAAGGAAGGAUUGGCUCAACUUGGGUCAAAGCUUACAGAAACCGAAGUGAAGGCACUUAUGGAAGCGGCUGAUCAAGAUGGAAGUGGAACGAUAGAUUACAUCGAGUUCAUCACCGCAACAAUGCAUAGGUACAGGCUUGAGAGAGACGAUCAACUUUACAAAGCAUUCCAAUUUUUCGACAAAGAUAAUAGCGGGUUCAUCACAACGGAUGAGCUAGAACAUGAAAUGAGGUCGUAUGGAAUUGCUGACGAGAAUUGUAUCAAAGAUAUCUUGACGGAAGUCGAUACGGAUAACGACGGAAGAAUAAAUUUUGACGAGUUUGUUGCGAUGAUGAGGAGCGGAACGCAAAAUCCUGGCGCAAAGCUUAUUUAACGUACUUGUUUAUGAAGCUUGAUUUUCGAGCUUCUUGCUUGACGAUGAUGGUCGAGGGACACUGUUGGUUAGAAUGACGGACGAGUUCCCCAGAUCGAACGGCUAAGUCGGAUGAAACCCAUCAUUGGAUAUGGUUGACAGUUGAUUUUUUUGUAAAAAGUUUGUGCAUACACAAUGUCCCUUGGGAGUGAUUUUAUUCAUAUUUGACUUGAAAGAUUUUUGGACUUGUUUUGAAA